CACAUCCCCGAUGCCACAGUCCGGCGCACUCGUGCAGUUGUGGAUGCUUCACUGGAUGCAGGCAGGAUUAAACACAGCAUGUUUAUCUGUUAGACACUCCAUGGUGCAGAUCUUAAUCUGUACAAACUGACAGCCGGUUUAUUUGCUGCAGGGUGGGGGGCGAAAAGUUUUCUUCAAUGUCUAAUUAAGGGAGUUUUUGUUCUAAACCAAAAUCAUGUUCACAACCUACAUAAAGAGUCUGAAUGAUAUGGUAUUUUCUACGUCCGAGAGCCCCGAGGAGCAGUCGAGCACUGGGGUCUUGGGCCGGAUCGGGAGCUGGUUCUCUCCAUGGAAGGCAACGGGUCCGAAGAGUCCUACUGAAAAUGCCUCCCCAACCAGCGAUCAGGCUCUGAAGUCAGGGGGAGACGAGGAGAGCGAGGAGUCGCUGAGACCGCGGCAGCAACAGUGGGAGGAGGAGAAGGACCACAGCGUCGGUCCCAAUCCGCUGGGUCUCUCCGGAGACCGUUUCCUUUGUGAGGAGAAGGACGCCACGCAGUCUGCCCACAGACACGACUCUGCUGUGAGUAGCACUGAGACAGGAGAAGGAGGUCCAAAAGAGGAGGGGUUUGUGGAGUGCAGGAAGGAGAGAAGAGGGCAGGGCAAGGAGAGGGAGGAGAGCAGCAGCGCUACUUCAGAGAGCGGGAAUCCUGAGAGGAAUGCCAGUCAUCUGACACAUCUCUUUUCCUCUUCCAAACAGGGCGCUGACUGGGCCCACACCCGGCCUCAGGCCCAGAGACACGCACGGGCACAGUCAGGCAGGACGCUCCAUGUGUACGUGGAGGAGACGAGCGUGACGCACUGCGGCCGGGACGCUUGUGCGGAACAGGAAGUCGUCCGCACCAAAGUCACAAAAAGCCUACAGGUUUUGCAAAAGACAAAUCCAUCAGCAGGUUUUCAUCUACCAAACAGCUCCGAUCCAACAAGUGCAGAGAAUAAAAGGACGGAUGUUGAGCCCGCUGUUGGGGCACAGACUUAUUACAGUGCCGUAGUGGGAGUGCCACUGAAGUCACACGAAGACUCAGGGUCAGAGCCUGAACCUGAUAAAGAACAAACAGAGGCAGACAGCAUGGGCCGCAAAAAUGCAGCCAGAAGGAGAAACAGGAAGAACUCUCAGGGAGAUGGAGGGAACAGCCCCGAGGAUAAAACGCCGCCCAGUGCCCAACCUGUCCCAGAGGGGUUCCUAUCAUCAGAUAACUCUGUGACCGGCCCUCCGGGCAAAAGUGCAGAGACGCUGAUGGCAGAGGCAUCUGUAAACUCCUCCCCCGAGCACAAGCUCACCUCGCAGGCCAUGCCCGAAGGAGGGGGGAAAAACACUUCCUGCUCUGAUAAGGACAAGCGAUUGGACAACUUCCAGGAUUCAAACUCAGUCAGUGCCGACACUCUGGUAUGUGCGGUUGAUGGGGGCGCAGACAUGGAGGACGAUGACAGCCUUUACAAAGUGGAACGGAAGACAGAGACACCGGAGUCCAAGCGCAGGAGUAUUAAGGUCUCUCGGAGUGAGGUGAAGCUCUUCACAAAAUAUGUGCCUUUAAAACCUGUUCAAAGUGCAGCGGCAGACCACCAGGAUUAUAAAUCAGCGGUACAGAGUGCCAAAGGAGGAGAAAAGGACAAGCCCAGAACAGAGGCCGAUGCGAGAUUGCACGACACCAAGAAAUCUGAUGAGGAGCCUAAAUCAGCCGUCGGCCGGAUCGCGGAUAGAAUCAGCCUCUUUGAGCACCAGCAGGCGGUGGGGGGCCCGAAGAAGACCUUCCAGACCCCGAGGAGCGCUGAUGUCUCUCCGGUCAGGAAAGUCACCGGGAGGCCGAAAGCAAAUGAUGAGCUGCCGUCCCAGAGGUCGCGAUCAGCCGAGCGUCACGACACGGCCAGAACCGGCUCCGUGUCACACGUCGGGGAGAAACCGAUGACGAUCAAGGAGCGAGCGAGGAACUUCACAGAGGCAUCUAAGGCAAGGGCUAAGCCAACACUGCCGCAGAAGAAAACCAUGACAGGAAUGUUUCAAAAAUCCACUUUGACUGCGGCGGCUGCUGCAUCAGUGUUGCCGGAACGGGACAGUCAGGGCAAACUGGAUACUAAAGAGCAGCUACAGACAACAGCAAAGUCAGAGAUAACAGAAAAACCAGACGGACGAGAUACCACGUCUGUAGGGGUUAAUAUUUCCAUUCCAAAAGAACGACCGACAGACUCCAAAACCACAGAGACGGCGGCCGCGAGUAGGGGCGAUCGGGCUACGAAACCUAACAGUCUCGAAUCAGAUGUCUCAGCUAAAGCAGCGGGGGAUCCAUCCGAAGCGACCAGUAGCAUUAGUCCGCAGUCCAAAGGUCCUAGCAGAACAGGCUCCCGCCCUAAAAGAAGGAAAAGUAGAGAGCCUACCAGUCCCAUCAGCCCAAACAGUGAAAAAAAACCUUUGAGUAAGCCAGAGGUCACUGGUAUAAAACAAGAGCAGGUGGAUGAUGCAGCGGAGACUGGGCCUGCCUCCAAGCAGCUCACUGCCAAAGUCUCACUGUCAUCUGAAAAAGCCCAAGGAGGUGCAUCGGACAAACAGCCACCGACUGACACCAGACAAAAUGCCUUGAAACGGGAAGUGGAAGAGAAACAGAAGAAGCCUUUGGAUUCUUCAUUUCUGAAGAAGAGGACUGACAAGCCGCUCAAGACACAGGAGGAGUCGCCUGAACCGUCUGUGAAGAACGAUGAACCCGAUACUGCCGCUUGUAUCCGUGGAACAAAGAAGCCCAUUGACAAGGACGCGGGGGUCUCGGCCCCGAAAGAGGAAAAGGCAGGAGGUCAGAGCCCCACGCUCACACGGGAGAGAGAGAAGGCCUCAAAGGACACCCGAGGAAAACCUGCCCCCUCCCCUUCACCCUCUGUUGACAGACCUGUUGAGACGACUCCGCCGGGGGAGCACAGGUUUCCUGUCCUAAAGCCGAAAUUCACCCAAGGAUUUUCAUUGCAGCCCGGGUCAAAAAGUCAAGGAAAGGCAAAGCAGCCCGGUCCAAAAGACGACGGGCAAAAAUCGCCGCCCCCAGCGAAGGCCACAGAAGGAAUGAAUCUCGCUGGGAGGAAGGAGAGCCUAGAAAAGGCCGGGAGUGAAAAAACAAAUCAGACUGAGGAGAAGGACAAGGGAAAGCCACAGCAGCUCCCGCGUCCAGGUCAAAAUACCCCUGAUUCCAAGGUUUCAGACAGCGAACAAAGUGUCUCGGGGACAGAGGGAGCGAGCGGUGCUAAGCGCGGUGAAACCAAGAAUGCGGAGAGAAAAGAGGCGACGCAGCCUCCGAGGGACGGAACAAAGCCAGUAGCCGACCAGCCAGAACCGGCCCCUCGGCCAGCAGAGAAUGACCCCCCUGCCCAGACCGACGGUGUCCGUCGCACGGCUGCGGCUGCGCGUCCGGAAAAGGCGGCUCUUUGUGCCGCCGGCCGGACUAAUGACGCCGUGAGUCAGACCAAAAGUGAUGAAGGGCCCUCGGAGGGAGAAACGGCGGCGAGUGCACCCAGUCGGUUGCACGCAAAGUCUGCAGAGAGCUCUGGAAAUGAAAAAGGCCUCGUGGUCAUUGCAGCGGAGCCGCAGCCUCAUUCUGUAUCAGUGGAAAAAAGGAAGAGUUUGCCCGAUGACUCACAAGCACGCGGGGCUAAUGAUGUUCAGUUCUCCAGCUCCAGGCCUAUUACCAGAGCAACUACAGCAGUGGAGGAAGUGUCUGUGAACACGGCUAAUUACUCCCCGGCGCUGGUAAACUCACGGACGGACAGCGUGGCCGAGAAAGAAUCAUCUGUUUCGGUGGCGUCUGCCAAGUCAGUCUCUGAAUUGGCGAGCGGCCGGGCAGCGGGGCAGGGCGAUGGGGGGAAACGUUUAGCUGUCGAGACGGAGCCCUCGGAAGACAAGAUCUCAGGAGAUGUAACAGAACCGGCUCCUGGCUCUUCGCACGGGAGGCCGGGAGAAAUGGCACAGGGCCCUUCAGUUCAUGAGUCAGACAAGACAGCUGAGAAAACAUUCAGGCCACUUAAUGAACCUUCACCCGUUCCUAACGGCGACAUCUCGUCACAGUCACAACUGCACACUGUCAAGUCGGAGGUGACCAACGAGAAGCCGAGUCACAGUCCGAAAGCGUCCACCUCCCCUGAGGCUAGUAAACAGAUCCCCAAAGCCAUCCAGAACUUGUCCAUGAAGAAGCUCCUUUUGCCACGGGGACUAAGCAAGGACGAUUCCACAAGACAGCAGGACGCUCCCUCGAGCUGGCUGGAUGUGGACUUUCCCAAGCGGAAACUCAAAGUCCCGGAGGCCAAACUGAGUUCCUCCGGGAGUGAGAGCAAUCUGCUGGACGCCACCGGUGAGCUCGACGACGAGCAUUUCGUCGAGAGGAUCAAGAAACUCUGCACCCCCUUCUCCCUCCCGCCGCGCAAGCACAGCCAGCUCCGGCAACCUCAGCCCCCCUUCGCCAUGCCGGCGAUCAAGGAGGACCGCUUCGAGAAGACCUUUGACCCCGAGGAGUUUAAGUUCGGCCUGAGGAAGAAGAAGCAGUUCAGCUUCGACACACCGAGUGUGUUAGCCAAACUCCAGACGGCGGAGACCAAAUCUGGCCUGAAACCUGCCAGGGCCAGUUUUGCCAAUAGAUCCAUGCUGCUCAACAGCCUCGACUCCAGCCCGCGACUCGGGGACAAAGCCCCGGUUCGGGAUGACGUGUUUGACAGUGAGGAGAGGGACGACAAGGUCAAGGUGAAGUCUCGCCUGGAGGGCAGCUGUGUCCUCAGCAGCCUCACCUCCUCCAGCCUCAGAGGGAAGAGGGACGGCGUUCAAACACAGGCGGAGGCCACCGGCUCUGGGGAGGUCUCGCCCAGCAGGUCCCCCCAGGCGAGCCCUCCACCCCCAGCGAGCCCAACUGCCCCAGUGCCGGUCAAGGACACACUGGGCAGGCAGAGCUCGGCCCUGAGCGGGGGAGAGGAAGCCCCACAGAGUCAAGACGAAGUCACCACAAAGGCUGCUGAAAAAAUGACACCUCCGCUUCCUGGAGGUGAAGCGCUCCCGGCUGUAAAACCAGCGCUGGUGCUUCCUGACGCUGCGCCUCCAUGUUUUCCCGUGAUUCCUCCAACCGCGCCCCCGACGCUGCCCGAGCAGCCUCUGGCUCAGCCGCAUAUACGAACUGCCAAAGGUUUUCACAAGCGUCCUGGAAAGAUGGUGUUAUUUGAGAAAGCGGAGUUCAGCGGCCAAGCGUAUGAGAUUCACAGGGAUGUAGCAGACGCUACGUCUCUGCAGCUCUCGCCUCUCAUUUCCGUGAAGGUUGUUCGAGGAUGCUGGGUGCUCUACGAGAAGCCCGACUUCCAGGGCCGCUGCAUCGCCCUGGAGGAGGGGGGCAUAGAGCUGACCAACAUGUGGGCAGAGCCUGGGCCGGAGGCUGAACCACACGACAUCCCGCCAAUGCAGAUCGGCUCCGUUCGACUUGCCGUCUGGGAUUACAGCUUACCCCACAUUGAUCUCUUUACCGAACCGGAGGGCCACGGAAGAGUGACGCUGCAUCACGACGACGCGAUAGAGACGGGCUCGUUCGGGAUCCCGCUGAGCACUGCCUCCAUCCAAGUGCACUCUGGGGUGUGGCUGGUGUUCAGUGACCCCGGGUUCCAGGGAAUGCUAGCCGUGCUGGAGACCGGAGUGUACCCCUUUCCUGAGACCUGGGGCUUUCCGUCGCCCUUCGUGGGAUCCCUGAGGCCCCUUAAAAUGGGUGCUUUCAAAGUGGAGAAUCCAAAUGAAGUCAAGGCUGUGGUGUAUGAAGAACCUGGCUUUGAGGGCUCCUUUUUGGAAAUCGACAGUGACGUGUUCAGCUUUCGCGAGGGCGAAGGAGACCCAAGCGCAAACCUUGACUCAAAGAAGCUGAAGGCUGUGGGCUCUUUAAAGGUCGUCGGAGGACUCUGGGUGGGCUACAGCCAGCCUGGAUUUGAGGGCCAACAGCACAUCCUGGAGGAAGGAGAGUACCUGGACUCCAGCGACUGGGGAGGCUCCGAGCAGCUCCAGUCCCUGCGACCUAUACUGACCGACUUCAUGUCUCCGCACCUCAAAAUGUUCAGCGACAGAGAUUUCGGCGAGCUGGGGGUGAACAUUGACCUCGCGGUGCCUGUUAUUAACAUGGAUGACACGGGCUACGGCAUGAAGACACAGUCCAUCGAUGUCAUCGGCGGCGUCUGGGUAGUGUUUGAAGAACCAGGCUUCUGUGGCGAGCCCUACAUCCUGGAGAAAGGCCUGUACGGAAGCCCGGAGGACUGGGGAGCGCUGCAGCCCGCAGUCGGCUCGGUGAUGCCCGUCACGCUGGACCAUUUUGAGAACGCAGCCAAGUUCAAGGUGCAGCUCUUCUCCGAUCCAGGCUUUCAAGGCUCCGUCCUGGCUCUGGAGGACAGCGCGGCCGCCCUGCAGGACGGCUUCUCCGUGGCCUCCUGCAAGGUUGUGGCUGGCAGCUGGCUUGCAUUUGAGGGUCAGGACUUCACCGACGGGAUGUACGUGUUAGAGGUGGGCAGCUACCCAGACCUGCGAGCAAUGGGCUGCGCCAACGGAAGCGCCUCCAUUCUGUCACUGCAGCCGGUCGGCUUCGAGUUCUCGCUGCCCUCCAUCACGAUUUUCGAGCGCUGCAAUCUGCGGGGAAAGAGGGUGGUUGUGACCGAUGGGUGCGUCAACCUUCAGCUGGCUGGAGGCUGUAGCAGAGUCCAGUCUGUGCUCGUGGAGGGAGGAAUGUGGGUUUUAUAUGAGGGAAUCAACUACCUGGGCGCUCAGAUUUUACUGAAACCCGAUGAGAUCCUCGACUGGCGCAAGUUCAGCGGCUGGCAUAAAAUUGGGUCCCUCCGCCCUCUGCUACAGAAGCAAGUGCACUUGCGCGUGAGGAACAGACAGACGGGACUCAUGAUGUCAGUGACUGGGGAUUUAGACGAUGUUAAACUGCUGCGGAUCCAAGAAACAGAGGAGACUGGUGGAGUAGAGCAGAUCUGGAUCUACCAGAAUGGAUAUCUCCACUGCAAGCUGCUGGAGGAGUGCUGUCUGUGUCCCAGUGGCAGUGUGACCAUGCCAGGAAGCCGUGUGGGUCUCAGCGCAGAGCCGGGCAACCCAAUCCACCUCUGGAGUAUCACGCCUGAGGGCUUCAUCCGCUACACCCCCACCGCUAAUCUGGUGCUGGAGGUCAAAGGGGGCCAACACUACGACAAAAACCAAGUUAUUCUGAACUCGCUGGAUCCGAACAAACCCCAACAACGGUGGGAUCUGGAGAUUCUCUGAAAUAACCACUGAGCUGCUGAAGCUCCUGAUGUCAUCAGGGACACUUCAGCGGCGAGACGAGCGCUGGGGGACGAGGUACGGCGUAACGCCAUCAGAGAUGGCAGAACUCUAAAAAAACCAUAAUUUCCAAUGAGGUCAACGUGGGGAGUUAAGGAUGUAUAUCCGCAGGAAUGUACGACAACCCGCUCUUUAAGCAAAUGGAGUCUGAACUUCAUAUUUCACGCCUUCAGUAAUGUAUCCAAAAUGUUUGUAUUUUUUGUCUUUUCAUUGAAUAAAUCACUUUGCCUCAUUUUAA